UGGAAGUGAGGCAAUCUCAUCAUUCAUCAUUUAUUUGCAGACAUUAUUAAUGGGUUCCGCUGUUAAAUCACACAAGAGAAGAGACUCAGACUGUAACCCUGACCAAGACUUUUGCUCUUCCUCUGCCUCUUCCUUCCCUUCCCACUUAUCUUCCUCCUUAUUGCACGCUGACUCACUCGCCAUUAACGCACCUUCAAGAUCUCUCUGUUCGCAACCCAAUUCUCUAACCAACACCACAAUGCCGAUCUUCUUUUUUCUACUUCUUCCAACCCCCCUUUGAUCUCCUUUCCCCCAUCUUCCUUCUCUAACUCACCGUCCACCCAUCAAUCUUCCAUUACCCUUUCCAAUUUCCCUUCCGGGCAUUUCCGCUCAUGGGACAUUUCUCCCAGAUUUACUCUUACGAUGGGUUUUGCGCUAACUCUGCGACAAUGAGAAAUGGGUCUGCCUCAACUUCUUCAUUAGUGCUCGAUAGUGAGAGGGACGAGCUUGUAGAAGCUCCAUUGAAGCUCGAGAGUAAAUGCGUUCCGGCUGAAAGGAGCGCUGCGGCGCUGAAGAACCACAGCGAGGCUGAGAGAAGGCGUAGAGCGAGAAUCAAUGGUCAUCUUGGGAGUCUUAGAAGUCUCGUUCCCGGUGGAAAGAAGAUGGACAAAGCAACACUACUUGCUGAAGUAAUUAGCCAUUUGAAAGUGCUGAAAAGAGCUGCUGCAGAAGUUAGUGAUGCACAUAUCAUACCGAAAGAAAUCGAUGAAAUAACAGUUGAACAACAGGAGGAUGGAUUCAAUGGAGUGCCGUAUUCGAUUAGAGCAUCACUAUGUUGUGAUUAUAAACCCGGCCUGCUACCCGAUUUAAGAAGGGCACUUCAUGCUCUGGACCUGAUAAUAAAGAGGGCAGAGAUUGCAACGUUAAAUGGCAGGAUGAAGAAUGUGUUUGUGUUAACCAGUUGCAAAGAAGGAAACAUUGAAACUACUGAAUUGCGGCGGUUCCUCGAGACCUCUGUGCACCAAGCCAUCAAAUCUGUGCUUAACAAGUUCUCCGAUCCACAACAGUUCUCGUUUAUGACAUUUCCAAACAAGAGACGGCGGAUUUCCCUGUUCAAUUCAUCAAAUUCAUCUUCCAUGGGUGAUUUCUGGUGAGCAUAUGAUUUCUUUGUACUAGUUUUUGCAUCUUUUGAGUUAAUAUAUGUCCAUAAAACUCAAGAAUCAGGGCCUGUAGUGGUGAGUGAGUAAUGAUAACGACCAAUAAUCCAUCUGCUAGAAUAGUACAAGGGGCAUACCAAUUACACUGAUAUGUUAAGCCAGCAUUUCAAAUGGCAGGAGUGACUACAUAGAUUAUGUUACAAAUAUGUAUCUUCUGAAUCCAUUAGCGAAUAUUUUCAAAAUUGUAUCUUUGUUCUGUGAUAUAAUGUAAAAAUUAAUAGUAACAAUAACCAGCUCUUUGUGUUCUCUUUUUUCCUUCCCUUUCUUCUCGUCUCCCUUCUCUUUGCAAUCCCCUUUCCUCUCAAGGACUGGAAAUAAUGGGAUCAUAGUGAGAGAAAGGUAUGAAUAUACAGUCGAAUAUUCUUUGAUUUCGGCGAAAAUGUUCACUGAAAUUUGGUCCAUCAGUUUUUUUCUGUACGUAUACACCAAAGAUUUGUUGAUAGAGGUAUGAAGGGUUGGCAGAUAAUAAUGUGAUGGUGGGACAAAGCUGAGGUGCUUGAUGAUAGGACUGUGCAGACUUUAAAAGUAAAGUAGACCGCAUUGUUCAUAGCAUUCUUUCCAUAAUUCUCUUUAUUUGCUUCCUAUUUCUUUUCCUGUCCUUAUCAUUCUUUUGCAUAUCUUCUGAUA